AUGUGUCUGCAAUUGCUACUACAAUGCUGUUUACCUAGAUCACUUGGUGGAUUGCAAAGCACAGCUUGUUAUAUUUGCACAGAAGGCGUAGGGGCCGUUAAACGACUGCACGAACUUGCCCAAGUGUAUGUAGAGAGGUAUAAUGCAGUCACAAAUGUUGGUGUCAAGCGCAAGCGAGGCGAAAUGAUCCCAGAAUUCACCCGAAGCGACUUUUUGGAUGGAAUUUUUGUUGAGCAGCUUUACACUGUCGAUGACCUCAUCUAUCUCAUGCAAGCGAGACUACCCAUGUUACUGGCAGAGCGAGACACUAAGCUUGUAGUGUUGGACUCGGUCGCAGCCGUGUUUCGUCUGGAAUCCACGUCUUCUAUAAAGGAAGCGGCAGAGCGCUCUCGAACGAUGUUUCACAUGGUUAACUGCAUGCGCAUACUGAGUGAUCAGUAUGGCGUUGUCUUUGUGGUAAGUAAUCAGGUAACAGGCGACUUUGACCCUUUCUCGGACAGGAACGAGAUGCGACCGGCGUUAGGACUGUCGUGGUCGCACUGUAUCAACCAACGUCUCAUGAUUACGCGUGUUGAAGAAUCGACUCGUCGACUAAAAAUUGCUUUCUCUCCCUAUCUACCAGCAGAGACAUGCGCGUUUCAAGUCACGAGCGAUGGUGUGAGACCGGCGGACGGAGACUAA